UCAGCUUCAUUCUGAAUAAGCUCACAUUUCAUAAAAACCUUGUAUUUAUUCUCUACGUCUUUGGAGUCUCAAGAUUACAAUAAUCAAGAGCAACACAAAUCAAGACAAAAUCAGCAAGAUGAUUACUCUAUGAAAACAGGGAGACAUGAAUUGGACAGCUGUUUCCAUAGAGAAGAGAGAGAAGAGCAGAGAAGUAAGAAGAGAAAAGUCAAGCAAUUCUACAGGAAGUAAUUCUAUUUACAGAAGUCAGAAAAAAACCACAGAUCUGAAAUCCAGCCUUCUGAAAGUGGUUUACUCCUUUAAGCAGGUAGUUUAAUUUCCCUUUCAAUGUCCUAUGUCCAGGUUACAUAGUUUCCAUUUGGUUUUAUUCAAGAGCUUGUAUUGCCAACUUUCAGAGCAGAAGUGUGUGGCAUGUCCCUUCUUGAGCCUGUUGUUAGAGGAAAAGGUUCAAAUCAAUAGUAGACAGUAUUUGAUUGAAACAAAGCUUUUCAUUCCAGCUUUUACUCCUUCAUGAUGUAAGUUCAGGAGAGAUUCUUGAAUACAUAAUGGACUCGAGUUGAUCUUGCACUAUAAAUCUUUGGCAAGCUGCAAGGGGCAGAGUUGCUGUUCAAUUAAUUUACAUUUUCCAGAGUUCAUGUUCAUUGCUCCUUCAAAUCUUAAAAAUCUAAUAUUUUAAGGAACCUUUUAAAGAUGUGCAUAUAUCAGGAUUUCUCCAAAACACAUGAAAAAAGAAAAGAAAAUGGCUAUUGGCCAAUAAAAAUGAGUCAGUGAUCCAUGUGUUUCCCAUAUGCAGACUACCAAUGGUUUUCAGAUCCUGUCGUAUUGCAUCCUCACAUGAUUGCUUGUUUUAUGAUCAUUAUUAGAAUUAAUUAGUAUUAAUACUCCAACCCUUCACCUGGACCAUAAGCCAUUAAGCAGUUUAUCAGCUAGCAAACAGCUCAGAGCUAUUGCCAUAUUGGUAGGGUUCCCAGUAAAAACAAGCUCAGCAGCACUAAACACUGAAAUCAACUGUGUUGUUUUAUUUGUUAGGCACACUUAGUAUACUGUUUUUAAAAUUAACUUGUGAAGCUCUAAAAAAGGAGGGGUUAAAAUUAUCCUAUGGACCCAUUGGGCUACCAGCCUUUCAAAACAUGAGUCCCUUGGAAAUGCCUCUUGACUUUAUGCAGAAGCAGUGGCAGACAAUUUCUUUUAAGAUCUGGCUAGAGAUGUAGCUACAUCUACUUGUUUCCUACCAGUUGUUUAGUACCUACACAGAAUAUAGGUGGCAGAGUUCCAUUUCACCUUGGCCAAGAACUAGUCAAACUCAUGUCCUCUACCUCCAGAAUGAGUCACCCAGCUGUACUUAAAAGGUAUGGAGAGGGAUGAUCUUCAUCAUCCUGGCAGAAGUAUGUUCCUUCCACUUUCCAUAAAUGAAAUCAAGAUUCAGGGGCUAGAAAACAGAUACAUAACUCCAGCAUAAUGGCUGGGGAGAAAAGAUAGCAAUUUCAUGUCACAUGAAUCCUCAUUUCUGAGUAGACUUUUCCCUUGGCAGUGAAAAACCCCUGUAAGAAGGGCAGACUCAACUAAUUUUCCUCAUGACCAGCAUCUCAACUUUUCUUAAACGUCCUCAGGGUUGCUCAGGAUCUUGUGCGCCGAAAUAGAGGACACCAACCAUGUCCACAGGAUUUACACCCCUUUAGGGAUCCUGAUCUAAGUCCUUUGCUGUGCUACUCCCUGAGCAUUUAGCCUCAUGGGAUAAGUGAGGUAUCCUGAGGUAUAUUUGCAACACCAAACAUGCAGUCAUCAGCUGUUGUAUCUUCAGCAGUCUUACUCCUCACCACUUGCAAUGGAGCAGAAGCAGCCGAUCUGAUCCAUAACAGUUUGAUUUGAAAAGAUGGCUAAGAGAUGAAUGUCAUCAGACCAGGCUUCUCUCCUACCCCUCAUUUUGCCCAUUCCUGCCCUUUUGUAAACCCCAUUGCCACGAACAUAAGCAAUUUAUUUUCCUAGUCUCCUUUCUCCCACCCUUGCCCCCUCGGACGCGCUGGGACGGACCUGCCCACGCCACUGCUGUGCGGGGCCGGAGCCGCCCCCGUGUGCCCACGAGAGGGCUGUGACGGGCUGUGGGGGCCGGCACAGCCCCAGCACCGAGCCCAGGAGCCAGUCCCGUUUCUGCCGGCCCCCGUGGCUUGCCGAGGGCACUCGGUCCCGCUGGUGCAAGGGACGCUCCGGGCGGGCUGGCUCACGGUGCCCGCGGGCAGCGCCCGUCAGGGAGCCACCCGUCACCGCCGUGCGAUCCCGGCAUAUAUAGGGGAUGCGGGGGCACCGCCGGCCGAUCGCAGCCGCUCCGUGCCGGGCACGGGCUCCGCAGCGCUAUGGCCCUGGCCCGGGCGGCGGGGCGAGCAGGUGCGGUUGCGGCGCUGGCGCUGCUGUGGCUGCUGGUCUGCGCUCCGGGGGACGCCGGCUGUCACCCCCUGACCGUGGCCGAUCUCUUCGACCGGGUGAUCCGGCACUCGGGCAGGAUCCACAGCCUCUCCACGGCGCUCUACGCCGAGCUGGAAAAACACUUCCCUCCCCGUGACAACGAGCUGGGAAGGCCCGCUCGGAAGUGCCACACGUCGGGGAUGCUGACCCCCAACGGCAAAGAGUACGCCCAAAAAAUCCCGAGAGAAGAACUAACUCACGUGAUACUGAAACUUUUGCAAGCCUGGAAAGAACCACUGUCCCACUUUAACCAGCAUAUUGAGCACCAUCAAGAGCUACCUGAUGACAGCCUUAGCAAAGCUAAGCAAAUCAGCAAUAUGGUACAUGAGCUGAAGACUGGAGUCGAGAAAGUAACAGAAAAGAUGCAGUCAAUGGGGAUCAUCAGCAAUUCAUUAAAUGGAAUGGCAUCAUCUGAAGACACUGGUUUAUUGAUUAGUAAUGAAGCAAACAUGAUGAGUGACUCUGAUUUCAUUCACUGUUUUAGGAGAGAUUCCAAUAAAGUACAAAGCUACUUAAAAAUUCUCAAAUGUAGGAUUAUGCCAGAAAAUAGUUGCUAAAUUGUACUCCUUUGACAAGUAGUCUUCAGCAGGUUGCUUAUAAAGAUUUAAAAAAAUAGAACUUCUAAAUUAUCACUUUAACAGUAAUUUUAAUAGGAAAGUGUUAAAAUCCUUUGGAAGCUGGCACAGUUGACCAAUGCAGAUGAAAUACUAAAGCCUUGUGUAUGUCAGUUAAUGCACCGAUAAAAAGGAGUGCUCUAGCAUUAGAUAAAUAAAUGUUCUUGCAUGUUACACUGUGGCAGACUAUACUAUGGCUGAUUCACAGUUUAGAUAAAUACAUAGAAUUACAGAAUGGCUUGAGUUGAAAGGGACCUUCGUGAUCAUCGAGUUCCAACCCCCACUCUGCCACUGGCAGGGAUGCCAUCCACUAGAUCAGGCUGAUGAGGGCCCCACUCAAGCUGGUCCUGAACACUUCCAGAUAUGAGCCAUCCACAGCUUCUCUGGGCAAUGUAUUCCAGUGCCUCACCAUGCCUUUGAAUAAAGAACUUCUUCCUGACAUCUAA